UUCCAGAAGACUCGUUACGCCAGGUUUAUGAACCACCGUGUCCCAUCCAACUGCAGGUACCAGCCAACCGAGUACGAGCACGCUGCCAACUGUGCCACCCACGCAUUCUGGAUCUUGCCCAGCAUCCUUGGCAGCUCCAUCCUCUACAUCCUCUCUGAUGACCAGUGGGAAACUAUCUCAGCCUGGAUCUAUGGCUUUGGCUUGUCCAGCCUCUUCAUUGUCUCCACCAUCUUCCACACCAUCUCCUGGAAGAAGAGGCAUCUCAGGACUGUGGAGCACUGCUUGCACAUGUUUGACAGGAUGGUGAUCUACUUCUUCAUUGCUGCAUCAUAUGCUCCCUGGCUGAACCUGAGGGAGCUGGGUCCUUGGGCUGCCCACAUGCGUUGGAUCAUCUGGAUCAUGGCUUCUGUUGGGACUGUCUAUGUCUUCUUCUUCCAUGAGAGGUACAAGCUGGUGGAGCUGGUGUGCUACGUUAUCAUGGGCUUCUUCCCUGCCUUGGUCAUUCUCUCCAUGCCCAACAGGGAUGGCCUCCCAGAGCUGGUGGCCGGUGGACUCUUCUACUGCCUGGGCAUGGUCUUCUUCAAAAGCGACGGCCGCAUCCCCUUCGCCCAUGCCAUCUGGCACCUCUUCGUGGCCAUCGGGGCUGGCAUCCACUACUACGCCAUUUGGAGGUACCUCUACCGGCCUGGCGCGCUGGAGGCUGAACCGUCCUGGUAG